UUUAUUAUCUUUUUACAUGGUUUACCUAAUACCACUCAAUGUAUUUGCCGCCGUCCACUUGUCAUCGCACCAACAACAACGAAAAUACCAACACCUACAGUUUUGAUUAUAUGCGCAUUUUUAACGGUACUGGGGAUGACAUUCCUAAUCUUGGCCUGUGCGCUGCCCACUCCAAAGAUAUUUUACCCAUUCUUUGUACUGCUGUUUUAUGUUUUGUCUGUGUUGCCCGUUUUCAUAUCGAAACGAACUACCCCAAGCAACGAAACAAAUCCGAAAUCAGAAUUCGCCCUUUUCCUUACUGCUGGUAUGGUGCUGAGCGCCUUUGCUUUGCCCAUCGUCUUGGCACAUUCGGCUGUCAUAAGUUGGACUGCGUGCACGCUGACGCUAAUAGGAAACGUUAUAAACUAUUCAACCAUGUUUGGUUAUGCCAUGCGGGAUGGCUCCGAUGGCUUCGAUGCGCCAUAUGGAGGCAUGUUUUAAAUUGAAAUCGAGUUUAAUUUUAAGCGCCCGUCUACGAUUAUUGGAUGUAGCAAUUUGAAUGCAGCUAGUUUCAUCCAAGACGACAGUCAAUCUCACAGUAAUAAAUAUAUUCACAAAACAAAUAUUCGAUUGAAAUAAUAUACAUAAUA